UCACAUCAAUGCAUGAACUGUUUUCUGCAGCUCCUUCUCGUGUGCAAACCGUAUCGCGCUCCUACUGCCAACGAAUUCUCAGUAAAGAGGGAAAGAGAGGGAAGGACGGAGUGGAGGGAACUCUGGCAUAUGUCAUUCUAGGGCUGAAAAACGAUAUAAAACAGUAGAGUGACUGUCGCUACAGCCUUUGAGUAAGAAGCGUUUUUGCUAUAAAGCGAAAAUGGAGCUACCCGCCGCGGGAGAGCACGUCUUUGCGGUGGAGAGCAUCGAGAAGAAACGGAGCAGAAAGGGACGGAUUGAAUACCUUGUCAAGUGGCGAGGAUGGUCUCCAAAAUACAACACGUGGGAACCGGAGGAAAAUAUUCUAGACCCGCGCCUUCUCGACGCUUUCCAAAACAGGGAAAGAGAGCAAUUGAUGGGAUAUCGCAAAAGAGGGCCCAAACCCAAGCACCUCCUGCUGCAGCUCCCUUCGUUCGCCCGGAGAUCCAGUGUCCUCUCAGACCUCCAGGAGACGUCUUUGGAGGAGGAGGACAACCGGCAGAAGGCCGAGCCCUUCCAGACGCUCCGCUCCCAGAGCCAGCAGUACCAGCUCAACAGCAAGAAGCACCACCAGUACCAGCCCCUCUGCAAGGAGAGGGAAGCCGAGCAGCAGGCCAACGGCAAGAAGAAGUUCUACUACCAGCUCAACAGCAAGAAGCAUCACCACUACCAGCCCGAUCCCAAGAUGUACGACGGACAGUACCCUCCCAAACCCAGGGAGGUCAAAGUUCCAGAGGUCCUCAACCGGGCCUGGAACCUGCCUCCUGCUCUACAGCAGAAGUGGGUCCGAGACAAGGACUCAGGCUGCCUGAGCAAAGUGAAGGAUAUAACCAUGGAGCUGAAGAAACUUCCGGCAGACCUCAACUGCAGCAGGGAGGAGACGGAGCCGAGCCAAGUCGCUGUCCCGGUUCCCGUCCCGGAGGAUGUUCCGCCGCCGCCGGCGGCGACGACACCCAACGGCGUUAGCAGCAAGCUGAAGAUUGUCAAGAACAAAAAUAAAAACGGGCGGAUAGUCAUUGUCAUGAGCAAGUACAUGGAGAACGGAACGCAGGCGGCUCGGAUUAAAAACGGGGACACAGAGACAAACGAAGACCAGGCUCAGCAGGAAGCCGAAGCUCAGGACCAUCUUAUGGAAAACCACCUGCAGAAAAUGAGGCUUGUGAGGAAACUGGGUCUCACGAACGGAUUUGCAAAAGACAACAAGGAGAAAUUACCCAAUCCAUCUCACUCUGGACCUAAUGGACAGUGUCCUGUUGAGAAGGACAACUUAUCCAAAAUGGACUGUACUGUGAUGCAACAGGAUGGGGUCACAGGUCUAGGGGGGAUUUCAGAAGAUCAGUCCCUGCCCCUGACUAUGAAGUCUAAUCUGGCUUCUUUGCCUUUGAGUAAGGGAGCCGUCUCCACGACGGAGCCUAGGAGGACUCAGGCUCUCAAACGUCCCCUUUCAGUCCCAGAGGCGGGUUAUGAAGACCGGAGCGUUGUUAAAAGGUGUUUCAGCUCAAGGAGUAUCAGUUCCCCAUGUGCCACUGUGUCUUCUCCUCCUCAAAGCAACAAUGUGGACCAUAAUGGCCACCAGAGCCAAAAUGGCCACCAGGAAUAUGACAUAAUGGACCAAGAGGAGCCCAUAGACCUCAGCUUUGUAAGGACCAAAGUGGUCCCCACAGAGACACAGUUUUCCCCUCCUGGGGAGGAGAAGGCAGAGCAGCCAUUGGCUUUGCCCGCACAACAGAAGGAGGAGCCCUUUCCAUCCUUCAAGCCUUUCCUUGGGAAUAUAGUCAUCACAGAUAUCACCACAAACUGUCUCACAGUGACCUUUAAGGAGUAUGUCACAGCAUAAUGAACAAAGUGGCCUGUACAGUGGCCCAGAAGGGUACCCAAAACAACCUUGUCAAUAAUAUGUACAAAUUAACCUUAAAACAUGAGUAUUUUCAGAUUUUUUUAUUGUACAAAGGGAGAGCCCUUGUGUAUUUGCUUCCAGUUGGAGUUCUGAAGUACUGGGUUUCUUUACCCUUCUCUUAUAUUCUGGUACAUCUAAGGUUUUGUCAUAUCUGUUUUCUUUCAAGCUGUUUUGGAUUUUGUUUAUAGCUCAUUUAGAUGCUGUCAUACGGUAUCAGGAGUGCAGUGAAAAGCACUUACUUUGUCAACUGUAAUUUGCUUUUUUCAGUCUUUGUCUCAUAAAGGUUUAAAUAUGUACAUUCAGCAUUUUUUGUUCUACAAAAGAAAUCUAAAUAGAUUUUUUUGUUAUGCCUGCUGUGUGUGUGCGUGUGUGUGUGUGUGUACUUGAGUGAGUGUGGACGUGUAUGUUGAAAAUGGUGAAUGGUUGAUUCUAAGAGACAUGUUGCUUGUACGCCUCAUGCCAUCUAGAGAGCCAAAUAAACAGGACUCCCAGUCAGACUGCAGUGAAGACUAGUGACAUUUGUGGACCUUGGAGUCGAUGUGUACUUUGCACUGUCAACAGGUGCAAGGAAGGAAAGGCUCCUGAGAAACUAACCAGAUGUGUAUAUCCACUAUGAUGAUUACUUUGACUCGCUUAUCAAAUGUCUCAGACCUCCUGUUAAGUUCAGACUGACAGUGAACUUAUGUUCCUUGGGUUAGACUAUAAAACAAAGCUAUUUAGUAAUUUAUCCAAUUAAUUUGAUUGUUUUCCACUGUUUUUGUAAACAAUGUGGGUUGCUUGUGAGAUGCUAAUUUCCCAAGGGGUAGUUGAAUGUGUAAUAUAAUACAUGUGAGCCUACUAACAAUCAGAUAUGUCCCUGAAGACCCUGUUGUUGAAAGUGGUAGUUCAAUAGAUCAGUCUCUAUCAGAAUGUAAACAAAGGAUCAUUAAAUCAACUGUAUACUUUAAACAAGAUAGUUAUUAACAUUCAGGUAGUAAAUUCAAGGGAUCAUUCAUGUUAUCGUUCACAUGUUCUAUUUUUCAUUUUUGGAAGUUGGGCGUUAAGUCAUAAAGGCUAUGCUGUAUUUGAAACAGACUUGAACACUGAAAUCUUACCUGACUGUUUCAAGACAACUUUAUUGUUCGAAAUUGUUGCCUAGUCCUGCAAGUGCAUUGUAUCAUGUUUGCAUAAGGAACGCACACCCGUUCUUUGGUGUAGCCUGUUUGUUAGAAAUCUGUGGAUCCCCCGCUCUUGGUUUUUGAGAAAUGCUUUGUAACUGCUUGAGAACAGAAAAGGCAGACAUUCGGAAAGGUCAUCGAUGAUGUGUUUUGCAAUAAUAAAAAUGGAUCGCAAAUUAGA